CUUUUAUAUUUGUGGCUUAAGAUGGAUCGUGUAAUUGGUGGCAAGUUCAAGCUUGGAAGAAAAAUUGGGAGUGGCUCUUUUGGAGAGCUUUAUCUAGGGGUAAAUGUGCAAAUCGGAGAGGAAGUUGCUGUCAAACUGGAAUCUGUGAAAACCAGGCAUCCACAGCUUCAUUAUGAGUCAAAAUUGUAUAUGCUUCUUCAAGGAGGAACGGGUAUUCCCCACCUCAAGUGGUUUGGAGUUGAGGCAGAUUACAAUGUCAUGGUAAUUGACCUUCUUGGACCCAGUUUGGAAGAUUUGUUCAACUACUGCAGUAGGAACCUAUCGAUGAAAACAGUGUUGAUGCUUGCUGAUCAAUUGAUUAAUAGAGUAGAAUAUAUGCAUUCGAGGGGUUUUCUUCACCGUGAUAUAAAGCCUGACAACUUCUUGAUGGGCCUUGGACGCAAGGCAAAUCAGGUAUUUAUCAUUGAUUAUGGCCUUGCAAAGAAGUAUAGGGAUCUUCAGACUCAUAAGCAUAUUCCAUACAGAGAAAACAAGAACCUCACAGGCACAGCUCGUUAUGCUAGUGUGAACACUCACCUUGGCAUUGAGCAAAGCCGAAGAGAUGAUUUGGAAUCCCUUGGUUAUGUGCUUCUGUAUUUUCUAAGAGGAAGCCUUCCAUGGCAGGGGUUAAAAGCUGGCACAAAAAAGCAAAAAUAUGAUAAGAUUAGUGAAAAGAAAGUAUCAACUCCUAUAGAGGUGCUCUGCAAGUCAUAUCCAUCUGAAUUUGUUUCUUAUUUUCAAUAUUGUCGAUCUUUGCGAUUUGAAGACAAACCCGAUUAUUCAUAUUUGAAGAGGCUUUUCCGUGAUUUGUUUAUAAGAGAAGGUUAUCAGUUUGACUAUGUCUUUGACUGGACUGUGUUGAAGUACCCCCAGAUUGGCAGUAGUUCAGUAAGUAUUUAUAAACUUCUAGGCUCUUGGUUUCUUCCACCUUUGGAAUAUUUACGGCUUUUCCCAUCUGUUUCUCAGCAUGCCAGUGGAAGGGCAGGUUUAGCUGCAGGACCAUCCAUCGAAAAACCAAAAAGAUUCUUAGUGGGAAGAGAGGUUCAGGAUAGAUUCUCUGGUGCAACUGAAGCUUUUUCCAAAAGAAAUUUUUCAAUUACUAGUCCUCGUCGUGAUCAUUCUAGAAGCAAAACUGCCGAGGAUGUAACUUUGUCCAAGCAUGUGCACCCUGAUUCAGGUAAAAGAAGCGUUUCUCAAUAUGUUAGCACUUCAAGAAGAGCUGUAGCAACAAAAAUGCCUAGUUCAUCCGGCAAACCCAAUGACAUUCCACAAAACCAACCAUCAACAAGUGAUGGUCGCUUGUCUACCACGCAAAAAAUCCAACACGCCUUUGAGGUCAAACCAUCUAGUCGUGCCGCCUCUGGUAGAGGAAGCCGUGAUGAUCACCAUCUUCGGAGUUUUGAACUUCUCUCAAUUAGGAAAUGAUGGAGAGUAGUAUAUCAACCGUAAGCCAUUGUUUUAACAAGCUUGCUAGCAACUGUGUAUAAGGGAUAUCACCCAGGAUCCAUUGCAAUUGCUACAGUUCAUGCCACUUCCCUCAUCAUGUCCCAAACUUUUUUCCAUCGUUCACCCACUCCCCUCAAGAAUUUGUGGCCAUUGUAAGUGUUUUAGACAGCAUUAAAGACAUCUCAUAUUUUAGUUGAAUUACUGCAAAGAAAAAUUAGAGCGUUUUAGACUUUUUAAAUGUUGUAGUGCUACCAAGCAUUGGACAAGUUGAUCCUUGUAGGAAGGAAG